AUGAACGACAAUAGCACACCUUCCAACCCACCCUCAACCCUUGAGCUCCAUGAUUUGUCUACUGAUCACCUCGUUAACCCUACUGAUCCCCACGUUAACCAUACUGAUCCUCACGUUAACCCUACUGAUUGCCACGUUAACCAAACUGAUCACGACGACAAACUCUCCCAGCUUGAACGGGAGCUAGAGGACGUUGACGAUAUGGAAGGUGAAGAGUUGAAUCUCGCAAGCUUUCGUUUGGACAACAAUGAACGCAGAGAGAAUAUUCUUCAGAAGAUCGACGAUGCCUUAAGUGACUACGACAAUUUCUUAGAUAGACAUCAGCGAGCCCUCAGCUUCGAAGACCCUUCAAAGUCUUCGAUUGACAGUCUCCAAAACUGGCUCGACAUGAACCGCGACCUCAAACGCGACGAAAUAAAUUACUUGAAAAGGAACGACCUUUUCAGCGUUACAGGAAAUAUCUCUUGGGUAGAAACUAUCCUGUCAGUGGCGCUAAGUAAAGCACUCCAUGCAGUGAUUACAAUGCUCGAAGGGCCUCGGCAAGGACAAUUGGGGAAGAUAUCGACACGCAUGAAAGAAAAGAUUAGAAAAACCUUCCGACCAGCCUCUAGAAACCCCAAUGUGACGAUUUCGGCUAUAUCAUUGAGGAAGGCUGUGCGGAUCUUCCUGGCGCCUUUCAUCGCAGCACUCCUCCUUACUCCUGUUAUCAUCUGCAAUUAUGUCAAUGAUCUGACAUACAGAGUGGUCAUCGUUGUCCUUACAACAGCCACUUUCAUCGCUGGCUUGGCUUGCAUUUCUAAAGUGAAAGCCGUUGAAUGGGUCGUAGCUGGCGCAACGUAUGUUACCAUCACCCGCUAUCUGAAUAUGGAGUUGCUUUUGAUGUGGUCAGAUGCUGAUCUAAAAUGA